GGCUACUUGUUUGCCCGUCUGCAUGGCUCCCACAGUAGCAAGGCUGUUGAUUUCUUUUUUUUUUUCAGUUUAUUGCAUGAUAGUAAAGUGAUAGUACAAAGCUCCCGAAGACAGAGGGGACCUGAGAGGGUUGUCUAAGGCGGUUCGUUUCUAAGGCUAGCACAGAGGUGUGGUGAGAGGGGUGUAAAUAAGCCAAGUUAAAAUGCCACAGUACUCUUUGUGCUCAGUGAGAUCCAGCCAUUCUUCUUAAACAAAUGCUCCUCAGAUUUCUGCAAGCCUUUGGUUAAUUUCAAGAGUUCCAAAAAAGUUGAUUUUGACCGUUUUUACUAGUGUUCUCACUGCUUCUCUGGAGAAGAUUUUUCAGAGGUCCUUGCUCUACCAGUCUGUGAGUACUUCUCUUAAAGAAACAUUUAUAAAUAUCACCUUGAUUCAAUUCUACUUUUUUUUGUUUCCUUUCUACUCACAUAGUACUCCUCCAGUGAGUAAAUCAUAAAAAUCAGAGAAGAGAUACAAGAAAACAUAUUUUCUGAUUUUUUAGUAGUUUCCUUGUGCUAUAGUGCUAUGGAGGAAUGUAUCAGGAGGAAGGUGGACCAAAGCUAUUUCUUUCCAGAAAAUAAAUAUAAAUCCAAAAGCACAGUCUUCCUAGUUUUAUGUUAGUCACAAAAGGAACUGGGAUUGGAGACACGUUCAAUAAAGAAGAACUAGAAAAGGAUAUGUAACAUUCCAAGAAAAGAGAGCUUUUAUGCCUGAAUUCCCUACAGGGAGAGGUGUGGAGCUUCUAAAUGGGCCAGGUACGUGAUGAUUACUCAGCUCUGAAUUUUACUUUGCCAGCACCAUGCCUUUUCUCAACAGUCUUUUUUUCAAACAGCUGAUGUUGAGAUGAAUGAGAUGCAAAAUAGAACCAUGAUCAGUACCUUCCCCUUCUUGAGCAAAACUGGACUUGGUAAAGGGUCAUGCUGACGAGUACCGGGCAAAUCACUCCUACUGGGAGUCCACCUCUACCGGGCCGAAUUCCAAACACCAGUUCAUUUUAGGGAGGUGUGGGAAGGAGAUUUGCAUGUAUGACCUCACACAGAAGCUCCAGCCCUGGAGAAUAUAAGCAGCUGAGUUGUAGGUAUUACCCAGUACCGGGCCCAGUAGUUUCCAAACAGGUUAAGAUCAUGGCAGUCCUCAGCUCCAUGUUGCUGCCACUCAGGCUGUUUCUAUGCUUCGGACUGCUGUGUUCUUCUGCCAGCUCUACAGAUGACAUUGACAACUGCAUGCUCUUCAAUGAGGUCACCACCACUGGCCAAGGCAUCAUGGCCAAUUCAGAGGUCUAUGAAAGCAACACAAACUACACAGUAUUGGUUCCUGUGAAUCCCAGUAUCAGCUCUGUGGUCCUGCGAGCAGUGGACUCAAACAACAACUCACUAGGCCUCUGGGAGAAAGCAGACGAGCUUUGCAACAACAGUGCCCUGUAUCACCUGGAUAAUCCGAGUGACCAGCUCUUCAUAGCAAACUGGGUAUCUCCUAACUCGACAAACAUAACCACAAUCGCACUACAAGCCUUCACUAUUAAUUUCUACAAUGUGGCUACAUUUUCUUCUCUGCAACUACAAAGAAAAGGACACUUCUCCACGGCCAGGACAACCCCACACCCGAAUCCAAGGACAACGAGCUUGGCCAACAGAACCUUCCUCUGCCCCAUCACAAGUGCCAUUCAGAUCCUGCUAGUCUUUCUCAUCAGCAAACUCCUCUCCUAG